GACCAAAUUAAGAUAAUGAAGUAGAAAAUUUGGCUUAUAUUAAUCAAGUCUCUCAUGUGAUUUGCAAAGCUGAAACACAUCUCCCCUGGGGUCCAUUUCAUUAAUAUUUCCUUGUUUAAGGAAGAAACUCUCAGAUGAGCCAAUCCAAGACCAGGCGCUCUUAUUAACCAUCUUAACAGUCGGUCACAGGGAUUUUGUAUUCCAGGUUGCCAUUAUAUUUUGUGAUCUUCAUCUUCAUUUAUUCAGUGCCAUUUUGAUUCCAAUUAUUCUUUUUUCUCUCUUGCUAUUCGAGAGCUCAAGCCAUGGCCGCUGAGAAUCGUGAGACGUCCAAUGGGUGGCCACUUGGGCUACAAAUAAUGACCAUGAGGCUUGGGUUACAAGAACGAUACCAGGGUGCUGCUCCAGCGGUGGAACCAUAUUCUUUGCACAUUCCUUCAAGCAGCUUCUCCUCAUUCUCCUCUUCUAACCUUGACAUCGAGUCCUCGGCUUCAUUUUUCCAGGAUAGCAGUGUAUCUCUAGGGAAGCUAAUCGGACAUGGAGCAGAUGAGGGAGGACCAUUAUAUUUACAAAACACAAUCCAUACCCAUCAAAGCAAUAGGCAGUUACCGGUAAGAGGUGCCUGCAACUGCCGGUAUGCAUCCAGAAAACACAGUGCAGAUACAUCUCAGGGAAUCUGCAUUCCUCUCAUACUAGGCGCCCUACUAAAGAUCUCUAGAAACAAGAUGAAGUCAAAGCGAGUGGAUUGAUUCCAAUCUUCUAUUAAAUUCUUUUCUCCUCCUGGAUAUUCAUAAAUUAGUCAUUAACGUUGUUUGUAACCUUCCAACAGCACUAUCAAAUUAAUGUCGAGUUUGACAAAUUCGAAAUUUGAAUGUUAUUUUUUGUUUUAAUAUCA